CAAUUCGCAACGGUUCAGGUGAGGGUUUUCCGGUGGGCUUGUCGUGGCUAAAGUCUUCAUUUAGGAGCCAGUGAGCUGUUAUUUACUGGGGUUGCUCUAGCGCCACACCUUUCACUGGAGCUUCCUCCUUCCACAACCAGGUUGCUGUUGGAAAAUUCAAACACAUAAACCGCCAUAACUGCUGCUUCGUGUUCUUUUGCGGGAGCUAUUAUUUUUGUUCCUGAGACGGCUGCAUAUCCUAUUCUUCUAUCAAAAUAAAGACGAUGUCGUCAACUGCUGAACCUACCAAUUCAAACUUAAACACUAGGCUCACCUCGGAAGGUUGCAGUGUCUUGCUCGACAUCAACGAUGGCGACCGUCUCGUUUUUGCUCGUCUCUCCUCCGCCGCGAAGUUGAAAAUCGGGAAUAAGAACUGUUCCCUGCAGCCUUUAAUCGGGUGUAACUACGGUUCUCUUUUUCAAGUUGAGAUUGGACCUGACGGCUCUUUUUUGUCUCAGGUUACUCCUUCGGUCCAAGGUAACGAUACUGAAGAGAAAAGCGACAAUCAAUUAAAUGUUGAGUCCAGGGACAACCGGACAUUGAUUGACAAUAACAAAGCCCAAAGGCUGACUGGUGAAGAUAUACAAGCUAUGAAGAGUCAGGGUGCUAGAGGUGAUGAAAUUAUUGAGACUCUCAUUGCCAAUAGUGCAACGUUUGAAAAGAAAACAUCUUUUUCACAGGAGAAAUAUAGGCUUAGGAAGCAAAAGAAAUAUGCACCGAAAGUAUUACUGAGGCGUCCUGUUGCUCGAAGUAUAUGCGAGGCCUACUUUAAGAAGCAUCCAGCAAAAAUUCGGUUCUUGCGAGUGGAUACAUUAUCUCUUCUACUCUCCAUGGCUAAUGUCUCUUCCCACUCAGACAUUAUUGUCGUUGAUAUGGUUGGUGGCCUUCUUACUGGUGCUGUGGCAGAACGUUUAGGAGGUACAGGUUUCGUAUGCAACUCAUAUCUUGGAACAGCACCAUAUUCCAUGGAUAUUGUGAGGAUAUUUAACUUUAGUGACGAAAUUUGCAAGAGAAUUGUUCGAUCUCCCAUUUCUGACUUGCUGUCGCAAAAAGAAUCACCUGAACAAAUUCUACAUCGUGAUGACGUUUGUAACAUGGAAAGCCUGACGAGUAAUCAAAUGUCUACAUCAGUCACUGUGGAUGAAAUCUCUGGUCCAUCAGGAAAUGAAAUUUCUGAUCAAGGUGCAGAGAAUGUUGAGAAUACCAAUGUUCCUGCUAUAAGAGCGUGCAAAUCUACAAAGGCUGGAGAAACGGCAAAAAAAGAUACCAUUAACUUGUGGAAAGAAAAUGGUUUUUCUAGCUUAAUCAUUGCUGCGCCAGAUUUGGAUACCUGGACAUUGGCUAGGGAUCUCUUGCCUCUCUUAUCAAAUUCGGCUCCCUUUGCUAUUUAUCAUCAAUAUCUUCAGGUUUUCUGGUUUGUUCACUGUUUAAUUUACAGCCGCUUGCUACUUGCAUGCACAAUCUACGGGUUGGGAAAAUGGCCAUUGGCUUGCAAAUAUCAGAGCCUUGGUUACGUGAAUACCAGGUCCUUCCAUCAAGAACUCACCCGUCCAUGCAAAUGAGCGCAUUUGGUGGAUAUAUUCUUAGCGGGACUAAGAUAUGCAUCAGCUAGUUCCAGCCCUCAGGAACGCUUUUGUCCUCCUAGUUUGUUGCUGGUCAGCCAAAGCCUUGCCUGAUGGAUACGUGUUCUUUUGCAAUGUUUAACAGCCUGUAUCCCUUCAACUGUCAUGAUUUUUAAUUCCAGCUGGCAAGUGCAAUCUCUUGUUAAAUCUGGUAGUUACGUUAGGAGAGAGUUUGGAUCCUUAUUCACUAUCCAUAUUUUACUUUACCUUGACCACCCAAGCUAAUUCUAGGUGAUUCAAUUAUAGUGUACUUUCAUAACAUUAUAAUGGUUAUAAUGCUAAUGCAUUACAGCCCUGCUAAUUCGAAGUUUAUGUAUUUUUUAUUACAGUUUUCAAUAAAAAUGUGUGGGAUAUGAUAUAAUUUCUAUA